CAUUUCUAAACAAUGCGCUGGUCAGCAAGAAAAAAAAUUACAGAUAUCCAUUGAUAAAGAACACAGGAGCAUCAAAACCAACACCGCUUGAUGGCAUGGCAUGUCUGAUUGUCUGUGGCCAUUUGCGACCAGUUGUACCCAACCAACAGCCGCUCCAAAGAAUCAACAGACGUUGGUCACUGCUCAUCCAGAGACAAACCCCUGUUAGUAAUAUAAAAAUUGUUUCUUUUUCUUUUUCUUUUUUACUCCCCAAUCCCCCUUCUUCCUCCUUGAUCCCUUUCUUCUCCCCAUCCCUCUUUGCCAUGGUUUCCGCAUCUUGAGCUGAGCAGAGCACAGCUUGUACCUGCAGCCAGCCAUGGUGACCACCAAUUUCGUGCAGAACCACCACCUUCAGAACAGCCAGUUCUUCCUGCUCCCCAAGAGGCAGCUUGUGACCUACGCCCUCUACGCUCUCAUCCCUCUCGCCCUCCUCCAUUACCUUCUCUUCAACCCUGUGGCCACUGCCAAGAAGCCGGUGGUGGUGGUGGUUCAGGCGACAGACGAUGCUUCGGUCAUCGCCUCGUCUCAUCACGAGCAUGUCAAGGUGAAUGCCAAGCAGCUGCCUGUGCCCCCUUCUGACCAAGGAGAUGAAGGGUUCAAGAAGAAUGCGAUAGCCGGAGAAGUGGCGGCGGCGGCGGCGUGCGACUACUCCGACGGCGAGUGGGUGCCGGACGCGCGGCCGCCUCUCUACAACGGGACGAGCUGCGCCACGAUCAAGGAUGGGCAGAACUGCAUGGCGCACGGCCGGCCGGACACCGGCUACCUCCACUGGCGGUGGCGGCCGCGGCGGUGCGACCUCCCGGCGUUCUCGCCGGAGGCGUUCCUCGGCUGGCUCCGCGGCAAGCACCUCGCGUUCGUCGGCGACUCGCUGGCGCGCAACCAGGCGGAGUCGCUGGUGUGCCUCCUGGCGUCCCGCUCCACGCCGGAGCUCGUGCACCGCGACGGCGAGGAGAACAGGUUCCGGCGGUGGGCGUUCCGGGAGCACGACGCCACCGUGUCCAUCUUCUGGUCGCCGUUCCUCGUCAAGGCCGCGGAGAAGGCGGAGCGCGCCGGCGUGCGGCACAACAACGUGUUCCUGGACGCGUUCGACGAGCGGUGGAUGUCCGGGCUGGGGGGCCUCGACGCCGUCGUGCUCUCCAUCGGGCACUGGUUCCUGAUCCCGGGCAUCUACCACGACGCCGGCGAGGUCGUCGGCUGCCACGACUGCGCCGAGUUCAACCACACCGAGACCCCCUUCUUCGCCGUGUUCAGGCAGGCGGUCCACCGGACGCUCGCCGAGAUCACCCGGCGCCACGUCCUCGCCGCCGGCGCGGGCACGAGCAAGAGCAAGAGCAAGGUGGUGGCGUUCACGACGUUCUCGCCGGCGCACUUCGAGGGGGAGUGGGACAAGGCCGGCGCGUGCAACAAGACGCGGCCGUACAAGAACGGCGAGAAGGAGGCCGGGUACACGGAGGCGGAGAUGCGCAAGACCGUCGUGGAAGAGGUCGCCGCCGCCGACGCCGCCGCGGCCGGCGGCGGCGGCGCGGGCCUGCGGUUCGCGGCGCUGGACGUGACGACGCUGGCCAACCUGCGGCCCGACGGGCACCCGGGCCCGUACAUGCGCGGCGACCCGUUCGCCGGCGGCGGCGGCGGCGCGCGGGUGCAGAACGACUGCGUGCACUGGUGCCUCCCCGGCGCCAUCGACACGUUCAACGAGAUUCUGCUCCAGACCAUCACCAGAUGACGACGUUGAUAAGAUGAAUCGUUUCGUCUCGUUUACGAGAUCAUACGAGUAGAUAGUGCGAAUUCCGCGGUAAAAAUGGUUUGGUUUAGAUCUCAGUGAUUUUUGGGUGUCGCCUUUGAUGUAGCUGUAAUUGUUAGAGCAUAUACAAUAGCAGGCUAUAAGUCCGUUAUAAACAUAAGUCCGUUAUAAACAUAUUUUAAAGAGAUAUAUGAAAAGAUAGGAGAGCAGCGGGCUACAGAUCUGUAGCCAGCUGCAGCAUGGGAAUUGGCUAUUACAUUGGUUAUA